AAUUCCUCAUCCAUGAAAUAAGUCCAUUAGCAUGGAAGGAAUAAGUUCCUUCCAACGUUUACAGUUUGUGGUUGUGCUUCUUAAUCUUUUAAAACCCAUGACCUGGGUUAGAUUUUUUUUUUUAAGCACAAAACAAAGAAACUAAACUAAAACCUUCCUUCCCCUCCCACUGCAGCUUAUCCCCUGUUUAAAAUAAGACCAGCUUAAAAUAAAAUAAGACCAGCUAAUAUUACUUAACUCCUACUACAUGUCAGGCUCUAAACUAAACAUUUUAGUGUAUAGAUUUUCUAAUUCAACUCCCCUGACAACCCUAAAAGUAGGUACUAUUAUUAGCCCCAGUUUACAAGUGGGGAAACCAGCUGAGAGGUUCAAUGUCUUGGCCAAAUUAAGAAGUGAUGAAACCAGGAUUGGAACUGUGAUCUGAUUCUAAAGACUGCGCUCUUAACCACUCUGUUAUACAGCCACACCAAUUUCUACAUCUUUGGUACAGUCCCCACCAGCCGAAGUUCUAACUCCACUUAAAAAAAAAAAAAGCUUCUUGGGUAUGAUUACUUUUAUUUCCCACGUAUAAAAUUAUACGGCUCAAUAUGCUUUUUUAAAUUACACAGCCUCCCUCCCCACCCCAGCCCCACUUGUCUGGGUAUGACCCCUUGAGUUCAAAUUUCAAGGUCAGUGUCCUAAGGAUCUUGAAGCCAAGUCAUUACUGCUCUAUAAGGCUGGAGGAACUGGGUACUGGUUGGGUAGGAGGGGCUGAUUGCGCCAGUGGUCAUGGCUUGUCUCUAGUCUAUCCCAUCAUGAGAUCAAAAGCUGUGAUUAGGAAGUGGUUGUUACUAGAGGACAGAGGAAAAUGUUCCAGCCCCACUGAAGAAGAGGGCUGGUGGGGCUCUGAGUGAGCUCAGAGUUGCACUUCCUCUCCCCAGUUAUUUUUGGUCUCUGUGACCCGAAGGUUUCCUGUUAGUGGGAACAGAAGGGACAGGAACGAGUUCCCAAUACAGAAAUCAACGCCAAGAGUCCAAGAGCCCAGUCUCCUCUCUCUUUCCUUGGCCUUUGAACCCACUCAGGAAUCCAGGCAUCUAGAUUCUAGUGGCCUCAGGAGCUUGGCCAGGUAUUUUAUCUUAUCUCAUAAUCCCUCCGCACCACCCACCCCACCCCCGCCCCGCUUUUCAGCUCCCGGGCCCCUCAUCAAGCAAGUAUGUGUUUUCCUCUCCUGAACCAGUUUACCAACUACUAACGCCCACGGACUCCUUACGUGCGCAUCUCCGUGCUGAAAUCUGGUCGAAUUGGCCCGCUAGUUGGACAGGAGACCGAAGCUACCUCCUGGUUGGUUCCUGGGUCACCUAGGGCCCGUCUAUUUAGCCUGCUAAAGUCCCCUCCUCACGCCUGCGCCCCACUCACUGCCCCAGAACAGGUUCUAAAGCCCGCCCUGCCCUUAUGGCUCCGCCCCCUUCUGAGGAGUCCCGCGUUCUCAUUGGUGAGCUACAGACAGGGAUGUUGGCCGGGCUGGCCAGGUGCAGACACUUCCAGUGAUAAGAUAGAUAAUCCACCCUGAGACCUCAGGGAUGGGGCCUAAACUCAGUGCUGCCCCCUGGCUCCUAGACCGAAAGUCAGCCCUCUCCUCCGUCUGUCCCGCCCAGGCCUCGACUCGCCGGAGCCACGCCCCCCGGCGCUGAGCGCAGGGCCAAGCGCCAGCCUGGUCUCCCUACCUAUAUCGCCCCCGCUAGGGGAAGGGCGCAGGCGCCUCACGCAGCCUCUCUGCAGCUUUCAAGCCCUCGUUGGUACUUUCCUCUCUACCAUCCUCCGCUCCCUGCUCGGCUGCGAGUGGUCCGGCUGGGUGGGUGGGCAGAGGUGGAACGUCCUGAGCCCUGCUCCGGAAGGGGCUUAAGGCGGCAGUCCUGUUACCUCCCAGAUGGCACUUAGGGCCGAGCCCCCCGACGGGGGCUGGGGGUGGAUGGUGGUGCUCUCAGCGUUCUUCCAGUCGGCGCUGGUGUUCGGAGUGCUCCGCUCCUUCGGCGUCUUCUUUGUGGAGUUUGUGGCUGCGUUUGAGGAGCCGGCAGCGCGAGUCUCCUGGAUCGCCUCCAUAGGAAUCGCGGUGCAGCAGUUCGGGAGCCCAGUGGGCAGUGCGCUGAGCACCAAGUUCGGGCCCAGGCCUGUGGUGAUGGCUGGGGGCAUCUUGGCUGCGUUGGGGAUGCUGCUCGCCGCCUUUGCUACCUCCUUAACCCACCUGUACCUGAGUAUUGGGCUGCUCUCAGGAUCUGGCUGGGCCUUGACCUUCACUCCCACCCUGGCCUGCCUGUCCCGUUACUUCUCUCGUCGGCGAUCCCUGGCCACUGGGCUAGCACUGACGGGCGUGGGCCUCUCCUCCUUUGCUUUUGCUCCACUCUUCCAAUGGCUGCUCAGCCAGUACGCCUGGCGGGGGGCCCUGCUGCUGGUGUCUGCCCUCUCCCUCCACUUGGUGGCCUGUGGUGCUCUUCUCCGCCCACUCUCCCUGGCCGAGGACCCUGUCGUGGGUGGCCCUGGGGCCCAACUUGCCAACCUUCUCCAUCAUGGCCCCUUCCUCCGUUACACCGUUGCCCUCACCCUGAUCAACACUGGCUACUUCAUUCCCUACGUGCACCUGGUGGCCCAUCUUCGGGACCUAGAUUGGGACCCACUGCCUGCUGCCUUCCUGCUCUCAGUGGCGGCUAUUUCUGACCCUGUGGGGCGUGUGGCUUCUGGGUGGCUAGGGGAUGCAGUCCCAGGGCCUGUGGCAAGACUCCUGAUGCUCUGGACCACCCUGACUGGGGUGAUACUGGCCCUGUACCCUGCGGCUCAGGCUCCCACAGCCCUGGUGGCUCUGACUGUGGCCUAUGGCUUCACAUCAGGGGCCCUGACCCCAGUGGCCUUCUCCGUGCUGCCUGAACUGGUGGGAACUGGAAAGAUAUACUGUGGCCUGGGACUGGUGCAGAUGGUAGAAAGCAUCGGGGGGCUGCUGGGGGCUCCUCUAUCAGGCUACCUCCGGGAUGUGACAGGCACCUACACAGCUUCUUUUGUGGUGGCUGGGGCCUUCCUUCUUGCAGGGAGUGGAGUUCUCAUCACUCUGCCCCACUUCUUCUGCUUGUCAGCUCCUACCUCCAAGCCCCAGGACCCUGUAACAGAGGCACUGGAUACCAAAGUCCCCCUGCCCAGGGAGGGGCUGGGAGAGGACUGAACUCCAGGAAGGGGGAGUCAGACCCAGAAACCCAGGGGUUGUUGGCUCCAGGUCUUCUGCCCCAUCUUGGCACCCACAGAACCACAGUGCCUUAAGCAUCGUUAUCUGCCUCCUCCCCCCCAGAGCAGGCCUGGGGCUCCUGCGAUGUGUGUGCCAACCCUUUGUAUUUUGUCUUAUCUCUUCUUUGCUCGCACAACCUUUUCUGAAGGAUCCAGGAGUUCAGCCUGCUCCACUGAGCUGUGAAUCGACUGUGGAAACUCAAAGGCCAAGAGACUUAUCAUGUUUUACAUGUGAUCUCUGGUGUUGCCUCCCACAUUUCUUCCCUGAAGACAGAUCUUUGGGAAAGAGGGAUGCCCCUUUGAGAUAAAACUGAAUAAGAAAACCGGACAAUAAUCAGAACCUCAAAAAGAAUUGGGUCCCAUAUGCCUGGGUUGGCUGAAUGGGGUCACGCUGGGGACUGGAGGGGAGGUAUCCAGGAGCUCUGGUGACCCAGAGCAUUUAACCCUGGACUCUGCUCUCUGGAUCACAGUUCCUCCUACUUGCCCACUGACCUCCCUCUUUCCCACUAUCCCCUGUAACUUAGGAAAGAAAUUAAGAAAAUGGUGAGGGACAUGAGGGGGGUGCUAGAUGGGGAGGGGGAGAUAAAGCUAAGAGAGCUGAA